AUUCCAUGUCUGGGAAGCCUUCCAGCUGGGAGCAGCGACAGCCUCCAUUCCCCCAGACUCUGCCUCCCACCCCCGGGAGAGGUAGUGUUGGGAGAAUGCCCUCCUAGAAAAAGACUUGGGUUUUGCUCCUUAGAAGCCCUGGAAUAGCUUUGGCCAGAAUUCCAUAUCUCCCAUUAGAACCUCUCCUUUGCAUCCUUUGUUAACCUCCAAGUCUACUUGCUGAAAACGCCCAUGAAGAAGUAACAAGGACUUUGUUCCUAGUGUGCCAGGUUUGGGCACCAGUGCUGUAGUGGCUUUCUCUGCUGCUCCUUGUGCAUCAGCAGACAGAUGUGGUUCACAUAGGAAGAAAGAUUAAUGUAGGCAAAGAUUUGCUCUUUCUUCAGCAGCCCUGGAAAGACGGCGGCCUGGGUGAUUCACCACUCCUUCCUCACAUCCUUGAUUUUAUUUGAACUGAGCUCGAGAUGCUCCUCCCAUCCUUUUCCUCUUGGAAGCCAAACCCCUUUGUAAUCUGUAUAAGGUCCACACCCCAGGAGCUGAGUGAUUGCAGAAACUGGCCUUCCAUCUCUCUCAGACACCAAGCUGCAGAUCCAGGCUUUGCCGGGAAAGUGAGGCCACCAUGGCUCUGGAGAAAUCUCUUGUCCUGCUCCCUCUGCUUGUCCUGAUACUGCUGGUGCUGGGCUGGGUCCAGCCUUCCCUGGGCAAGGAAUCCCGGGCCAAGAAAUUCCAGCGGCAGCACAUGGACUCAGGCAGUUCCCCCAACAGCAACUCCACCUACUGCAACCAAAUGAUGAGGCGCCGGAAUAUGACACAGGGGCGGUGCAAACCAGUGAACACCUUUGUGCACGAGCCCCUGGUAGAUGUCCAGAAUGUCUGUUUCCAGGAAAAGGUCACCUGCAAGAACGGGCAGGGCAACUGCUACAAGAGCAACUCCAGCAUGCACAUCACAGACUGCCGCCUGACACACGGCUCCAGGUACCCCAACUGUGCAUACCGGACCAGCCCGAAGGAGAGACACAUCAUUGUGGCCUGUGAAGGGAGCCCAUAUGUGCCAGUCCACUUCGAUGCUUCUGUGGAGGACUCCACCUAAGGUCAGAGCAGCAAGAUACCCCACCUCCCUCAACCUCAUCCUCUCCACAGCUGCCUCUUCCCUCUUCCUUCCCUGCUGUGAAAGAAGUAACUACAGUUAGGGCUCCUAUUCAACACACACACACUUCCCUUUCCAGAGUCCCAUCCCUGCGUGAUUUUGGGAGUGGAGAGUGGGUUGUGAGGUGGGCCCCAUGUUAACCCCUCCACUCUUUCUUUCAAUAAAACAGUUGCAAACACCUGA